AUGGGUUUCUUCACGGGCUUCGUUAGUGGCUUUGCCCUUACAACCUCAGUCCUUUAUAUCACUAUUCAAAUACAUCACACCAAUCGAUUGGAACAGCGCCGGGUCAUCCGUGAACAAGUCGAUCAAAUAAACUGGCUCGCCUCCUCCGUCGGCGCAUAUGACCGUAGCUUCCUGCCUCCAGACACUCCUCGCAGAUUAGAGGAUCGACUAUCUAAGAAGGAUGGAUCUAUUACAAUGAAGGAGGUCUUGAAACAUCGUUGGAACCAAGAAGUCGAAAAGUUGUCCCAGAAAGCCCACGAGACUCGGUGGGAGGAUAUCAGAGAUACGACAGCGCAUGGAUGGAACGCUGCGAGGGACGUUUUCAAAAAGGAUUGA